GGUUGUGGAUGCGCAUUGGACAGCGAGAAAUCUAUCGCGAGUACUAGUCAACGUUCCUGGAUCGUAUCGUCAGUAUGCGGUCGCGCAUUCCAUGCGAAAACACCUGUUUGUUGUUUUGAUUUCUCUAUCGUUUUUUCGGUCCUAAAUCGCGUUGAAUAUCACAUAUUUAUUCAUUUGUCUAACGUCUAAAAUAGAAAAAGAAACUUUUAAUCAUAAUUAUUAAAUAUUUUAAAAAAAUAAAUACAAACAUUAAUUUAGAGAAUAUUUAUAUUUAAUAUUCUUGAAUUAAAGUAAGAAGGAAAAAAGGGGAAAAAAAAAGAAAGAACAAGAAAAAUAUUUUGAUUAAGAGAUUUUAAAAAAUAAUUAAAUAUUAAGAAAAAUAAUUAAAAUAAAUAUAAUUAAAUAAAUGAUUAAUAGAAUAAUUUUGAAAUUAUCGAUUGAGAUCGAAGAAAAGGAAGCAUCGUUAAAUGCAUAUUGGUAUAUCCGUGUGAUAAACGAGAAAUAAGAACAAAGAUAUUGUGGAGGAAGAAAACGAAACAUAAACAGAGAGAAAGAGUGAAGGAGAAGAAGAGUUUUAACCGCGAGAGAGGAACGUCCUCGUGAUUUCAACCACGUGUAUCUCGUGGUCCUCGUUUAAACACGCAGGAAGAAAGAAAAAUUGAAAAAAGGAAAAAAAAGAAGAAAAAGAAGAAAAAGAAGAAAGGAGGAAUACGAAAAUUUUUUCCAUUAAUAACAUUCAACGGAAAUGAAUAACGACAAUGAUCGAUCGAUCAAUUGUACUUGAUAGAGGCGAAAGAAAAUCAUUUGAAUCCGAAAUGAAAAAGACGAUGAUCCGAUAAUGUUUAGUCGUAGUCACAGUAAGACAGGGAUGUGCAACUAGCCCCUUCCCCGCUCAUAUCUUUAUAUCGAGACUGAAUGGACAGAGAGAGCAGCCUCCUCUAUGAGAUAAUACGCCUGGUUGUACCUAAGUCAUUCAGGCCUGAAGUCGGAUCCAUCGAAUCGCGAGAGAUCGCGCGAGGUGAGGGUGGACACCGUAGCCCCUGCAGUCAUGCUCACCAUACAAAACGACAUGUCGCCGCGUAAUGGCUCGUGCGUGGCGGAAGUAAGCUCGGUGAGGAGUCUUUCGUCGGACGAUGUCUCGGCGACGAAGACGAACCGGAAGAAAUCCUGCUGGGCACGUGCUACGGAUCCGGCUCAUCGCCGUGGACGUCGAAUUCAGUUGUUGCAGAUGUUGGUUUUGCCAUUCAUACCGAUCCUAGCAUUGAUCGUCCAGACAGCUAAUACCCUCCACGAUAUCUUGAUCUAUCGGCAGGAGGUCUCUGACAUCGAAACGCAGGUAACAAUCGCCACUGAUUUGGGCAAGGUUGUCACGCGGAUGCAGCUCGAAAGAUCCGAGGUUGCAUUCUUUAUUUACACCAAUGGCAACACUCUAAGGUCAAACUUGACGCAGAGGUUCGCCAUAACUGAUCAAGCUCUUCAUAACAUGACUACGUGGCCCCUGGUCUCGGUGCCGAGGGAUGAGAGCAAGACGCAAGCCUAUGACGUGGUCAGCAAAGAGGCUUUUCAAGCACGCCUCGAGGAUUUCAGGCAGAAGAUAAGUUCGGAAGAGAGCAGCAUUACCGAAGUGAUGACAUGGUACACGAGCGUGAACGCGGCUAUGUUAGACCAUCUAACUAAUCAGAUCAAAGAAACGGAUAAUAGCGGAGUUUGGAGGUAUUUGAUAGCUUUUAAAAAUUUACUGAGAAGUAUCGAGAGUUUGGGUAUUGCUUCCGUGUACGGAAUCAAUUACUUUGGGCGUGGAAUCCUUCUGGGGGACAAUUACGUCAGCUAUGUUCGCCACGAAGCACUUGGACGUGAUCUCCUCAAUGGAUCUCUCACAUACGUGCCUUCUCUCAAGCAUUUUUACGCCGAACUCACCCGCACCAUGCCAGAUUACGGGAGGAUUAAAUCCAGACGAGAUGAAAUCCUCCAGAACCGGAAGAGGGAACCGAAUGUCGAAGACGCGAUCGCUUAUUUCGAUUCAAUGGCGACUUACGUGGACGAACUGCGAAAACUUCAGAAAGAAUUACGCCACAUGAUUAGAGAUUAUGUGAACUCGACUUUACAAGACGCAAGUAACAAAGAAGCUGCUGGGAUAGCUAUAGUUGUGCUAGUGUUGGUCGUCUCUCCCAUCAUUAUAAUACUAGUGCGUAACGCGGUUGCGACGAUUCAAAUGUAUGCAGCUAAUCUGGCGCAGAAAGCCCGGGAACUGAAACAAGAAAAAGGAAAAAGCGACACAUUGCUUUUUCAAAUGUUGCCACCCAGCGUUGCUCAACAAUUGAAACAAACCCAACAGGUUCCAGCAGAAUAUUACGAAGCAGUGACCGUGUAUUUUAGCGACAUUGUUGGGUUUACAGAAAUUGCUGCGGAGAACACUCCCUUAGAAGUUGUCACCUUCCUGAAUUCGAUCUACAAAUUAUUCGAUGCCCGCAUAGAAUGUUACGACGUGUACAAAGUUGAAACUAUUGGCGACUCGUACAUGGUUGCAUCUGGGUUGCCCGUUAGAAACGGAGACAAACACGUAUCCGAAAUAGCAACGAUGGCCCUUGAUCUCUUGGCAGCUUCGUCUGUGUUUCAAGUACCGAAGCGACCCGGGGAACGGCUUCAAAUACGAAGCGGUGCCCAUACAGGACCUGUCGUUGCUGGAAUUGUGGGCAGCAAGAUGCCUCGUUAUUGUCUUUUUGGGGAUACCGUAAAUACGGCUAGUCGUAUGGAAUCAACGGGAGAAGCCCUGAGAAUACAUAUCAGUCUAGAAAUGAAAAAGGCUUUGGAUGCUGUGGGAGGUUUCAAAAUUGUACGCCGUGGCUUAGUCGACGUUAAGGGAAAGGGACUAAUGGACACGUAUUGGCUGGAAUGUAAGGACGGUGGUAUCGCUCGUGCGGCGGAAUUGGAUUUGCCCUCGUUCUUCGAGGACGUGCGACCAGUUUUCAUACGUCGUUUACGAGAGGAAGCUCGUAAAAAUCGACUGUCUCACCCAAAUCUUCAUAUUACACCCGUUAAGCCACCCCCUCAAUCUCAGUCCAGUAUCGAGUCGCAAGACUCUGCGACGUACGAGGGAACUCAAUCGACGACACCCUGUCCCCCGAGUUACUCUCCAAGUCAACGCAGUCGUUAUUCCCAACCGAAUCUACCCACUCUUUUGAUAUCCCACGAAAAGAGAUCCGGAGGUUCGGCCGAUCGACGUAUUAGGAUGUCUCAGCCUACGUUGAACUCCAGCUUCAGCGGCAUCAACUUUGCCGGGAUGAAUCGUAGUUCAAGACUGUCCUACCCGAGCCUUAGGGCAGCUUCCGGGGAUAAUAGUAUUAACGAGGAAGAAAGGUUAUCAGCGAGAAGCGUACAAGGUUUCGGCGGAAGUUCGAGAGGAAGUUGGAUGGAUCAAGGUUCCUCGAGAUUGUCGCAAUCGGACGUGACACGGUUCGUCUUAAGGCAGGACGUACCAGCGAAACGGGACCGUCUCUCUCAAUCUACUCUGGUGAUCGGUGAUUAUCACCCAGGUCGUGGUCAACAGAGAUUAUCCCAACCUUGCCUAAGUACAGGGAAAGAUCUUAAUUUGCCAACAAUGGUUUUUCACUCACCUUCUCCGCCGUCUGUUAAACACAAGAGAUUCUCUCCUGCCAUACAUGCUAGUCAGAGAGAACGACUUUCGCAAUUAGAUAUUGGUGCUAAGUAUAGAAACUUCAAAGAAUCGGCCGCGACGAAAUUUAACAGGGAUAGGUUUUCAAUACCCGAACUGGAAACGCAAAAUGAUCUUAAGUUAUUGAUAGCUGGGACACCGAAGCAGAGGUUUAGUUUAGAUAGCCAAUUGACGCGUAAUCAAGAUGUAACUCGGUCUAGAUUGUUGCCAAUAGCUAGUUCACCUAUCAAUGAACACCAGCAAAGCAAGAUCGAAGAGCAGACAGGAGGAAUCCCAGGAGGUAAACUUAAAAGCCCCACCAGAGAAGGCCUUGGAAGUGUGCUCGUGGCAAGUACAACUCCAAUAUUACCACCGAAUGAAAGAGAAUUGUUGUCAACCGAGUUAAGUAGAAUAACAACUGCGGUUGUUAAUUCGACAACGCAACAGAAGGAUCAAACGACACUUAGGGCGAGCAAACUUCAUAGAUCAGUUUCACCUAUUCCUACUAGGGAAAGAAUGUCAGUGCCUGAAAUAAGAAAUUCGAGUCUACGCCGAUUGCUUGACCCGCCAAUGAGGCAAAGACACAGUAUUACGGGCAAUUUAAGACAGAGUAUAAUCCUUCCAAUUAAGCCUCUCGAUUUUGGCAGGAAAUCGCCGAAGCAUUUGUUCGAAGAAGCCCUGGAAAGAUUUCGAAAGGAUGAAAAAGAAGAAAAUCGAAAGAACGAAAUUUCAAAUUCGGAAACUCUUGUCGAUAUCGUCGAUGAACCUAAACAUAUUCAAAAACAUUACUCGUACACGUAUGAAAGUACCGAUGACAGUUCCUCGAUAUUUGGAAAGAUAAGCAUGUCUGCGAUACCAAAGAAGAAAUAUUUAGAAAGUAAUUUUGAUGAGAAUGAACAAGUAAUUACUACAGUGAUCGAGACGGACGUACCAAUGAUAAUGGCCAAUCCAAAGUAUGUAAAAAAAUCAUCUUAUUCGAGCGAAACCCCAAAAUGGAUUAGAAAAUAUUUAGAAAGCGAAAGUCCGAAAGUAGGAAGAAAGAUGGCAAGCAACAAGGAGAAAACUAACAGAAGGAAUAGUCGGAGGAAAAGCUCUUUGGAAUCGAUGGAAAGCGAGAAAAUUACAGACAAAGUUCGUUCGAAAUCGGUGAGCAGCGGUGAAAGGAGUCCAAUGCUAAGAAACACCGGUAUACAAUCCGAAUUGAAAAAUAUGAAGAAUACAUACGUAAGAAUUGUUCCUUCGAAUAAAACUCAAGAAAACAGAUAUGAAGUAAAGAUAGAGAAUAAUUGGAUCGAUGGAAAUAUUCACGGACUAUAUGGUGAUGAAUGUGAGGAUACGGAUUCCGAUGAUUCCACGUCCAUUUAAAUUAAACUAACGAUACUAAUCGAAUAGAUGAAACAAAGAAAUUUUGUCCAAUUAAUUUAUAAUGAUAUUUGUAAAUUGGUGAGAGAUUGGUGAAAGAAAAAAUUCAUAUUGUGUACUUAAAGCAUAAAAUGCUACGAAUUUUAUGAAAAUUGAUAUUUUCUAGUUACCAGUCAAGGAUAUGUAUUAGAUAACAGUUUGAUUAGCCUAAAGCACAUCUUGGAAACGAAAUAACGAAAACUGAUAUGUCCGAUCCCAAUUUUAUUUUUCUCAUAUUAUCAUAUUUGUAAUGAUCUUUAGAUCUCAAUGUAUUAUUUUCAUUCAAACGAGAAAUUUUAUUUUUAUUAAAAUAAAAUUAAAACAAUUUGUAAAUAUUUGAAUUAAUUCUGUUAUACUUAUUGCUACAUAUAGUUAAGAAAUUCUUAGUAAAAUUCAGGACAUGGUUUGGUAUUUUAUUGUCACUAUUAUUCGUAAUUCGUAUUUAAAAUAUAAAAAUUUUUUAAUGCUUGCUGUGAAUGAAAGAAAAUUUAUCAGAGAAAAUAGUCUAACUAGCUAUCACAUCAAAAACUACAUAAACUGUAUGAAAUGUUCAUUUUCUUGUCAACAUACCACCAACACUCCUACAAUUAUAUAUAUAUAUAUUUAUAGUACGAGUAUCGAGAAAUUUAUAUUUUUUUUCUAUGCUAGUCAUCAAUGAGAUUCGUGUGAAUUUCAUCUCAAAUUCCUAUUAUAUAUAUAACGAAAUAUUUGCCUCAUAAAAAUAUUCCAAAAAAUUUGUAUUUCGCUUGAACAUUACACAAUUAUAUUGAUAUGUAUUACAAUGUUACGAUAUUAUAACAGCAUAACGCAAUCGAUGUAACGUUAUAAUAUCUUAAACUCAGUAUGAAUGUAAUAUAAUACGGUCAUGAAUGUGAAACUUAUCGUGAAAGUUAUCGUUAAUCAUAAAAUUGUUAGUCCUUUAUAUGUCAUUUAAUAUAUGAUUAAAGAUGUUAUAUCAAAGAUAUAAUCAAAGGGAAAAGUAUAUAAAAUGUAUUUAAUUUU